CGCUCCUCUGAGGACUCCAACUCAUCUUCCUCGACUGGGUCUUCUUCUCUUGACUCCACGCCCGGUCAGGUUCCCAACUCCUCUAAUCCCGACCCGCCACCUGUUAAUUAGAUGCCCGGUGAAGUUUUCAUGGGGAGGGAUGACCCGGUUGAUGACGAACCGGGUCCCUAUGACCCUGAAAACGAAACCCGGGAUGCGUGGGAGGAGCGGCUUCAUGCUGCCGGUUACUUUCCGCUCCCCACCUUCUACGUCCCUUCCCAUGUAUCCAAAAUCGCCUUGAAUAAAAUUUGUAGGAGGCUCCCGGAUGGGUAUACCCUCUUGUAUGAACCUAACUGGCCCAACAUUGUUGAACCCCACCGGGAGGAUAGGAUUGGGUUCCACACCAUAUCACUGGACGCGGGUAUCGUUUUUCCCCUUCGCCCCCUCCUAACCGAAGUAUGCCAUGCGUUUAGGAUUUUGCCCAGCCAAAUAACUCCUAACGCCCACCGGUAUCUUCAUUCCUUUGUAAAUAUCUGCACCCAUCUGAAAAUCGUCCCCACUUUGCGCCUUUUCCUUUUUUGCUUUGAAGUCCUACCGGGCGGGACUGGCUGCGAAGGUUUUGUAUUCUUCAAAGCCCGUACCGGUAGGAAGUUCAUUUCCGAAGUCCCCCAAAGUAACCGGGGAUGGAAGGAAAAAUUUGUUUUCAUCGAGUUUCCCCCCUUUGUCACUCCUUUGGCCGGUCUGAAAUGGAAUGACCAUCUCCUCGACCAAGAGUAUGCUGCACCGGCUUCCUCCCCUGACUUGGAAGCGAAUCUUGAGGUCCUCAUGCGCGGGGAUCCUUUCACCGGGAGGAUCUUCCAUUAUGGCAGCUGGAUUUGGAGGGUGGAGUCGGGUGGUGAGGGUACCUCCCAGGCCCAUGAAGCAGCGGGGCGCGGGGUACCCUCCCCGGGCAACACUGCAGAGGCUGAGGGCCAGAACCACCCAGAUAUGGAGUUCGAAGAGUUCGCCAUCCCCGACGACAAACCAGCGGGAGAUAAUGAGGGCUCCCAAGCCAACCCUGCCAAAACCUUCCCGGUCCACCAAGAGACCGUGGAGAUUUUGGAUGAGGACGAACCCAGGACAACCGGUCUAAGGGGAAGGAAAAGGAAAAGACCGGUCGACGGACGAAGAACGUGGCCACCACGCACCCUUCUUACGCCAAGAAGAGGGCAAGGCGGGGGAGAUUGCCCGGCUAAAGAAGAAGAAGGAGGAGAUGGCUCUCAUCCUGAAGAGCCAAGCUGAUGAGCUGACCAGGCUACCCGGGCUGACCGGGUCUAUGAGGGCGGAGAUCUCUCACCUCAAGGAGGAGAAUGGCCGGCUGAUGGACGAGGUGUUUGAAGCCAAGAGGGAGAUGGCGGAGAAGGAAGAAACCUUCCCCGGGCG